CUCCCUAUUGGCCAUAUAUAUCAGGCGGUCCACAUCUUUCCACUCUCACACAGUGGGACUAACGUGGACGACAACCGGUGGGCAAAAUGUCGCAGUACUCAGGCAAGAUCUGUUUCUACGAGGGGAAAUGCUUCACGGGCAGGAAGCUGGAGAUCUGCGGUGACUGUGAUAACUUUCAGGACCGUGGAUUCAUGAACCGCGUCAACUCCAUCCGUGUGGAGAGCGGCGCCUUCUGCUGCUUUGACCACCCCGACUUCAAAGGCCAGCAGUACAUGCUGGAGCACGGAGAGUACCCCGAGUUCCAGAGAUGGAAUGCCCACAAUGAUCACAUGGGCUCCUGCAGACCUAUCAAGAUGCAUGGAGAACACUACAGGAUGGAGUUGUUUGAGGGAGUUGACUUUGCUGGCCAGUGUGUUGAGGUGUGUGAUGACGUGCCCUUCCUGCAGGGACGUGGUCUGACCAAGAACUGCAUCAACUCUCUGAAGGUCUACGGAGACGGAGCCUGGGUGCUUUAUGAGGAACCUAACUUCCGUGGCCGUAUGUAUAUAGUGGAGAGAGGAGACUACUGUAGUCACAUGGAGUGGCAGUCCCAGAACCCCAACAUCCAGUCCAUCCGCAGGGUUGUCAACUACUUCUAAACCAUGACCCCUGACCUCUGACCUUAGUCCAAGGGGUCAAACCUGGGGUGUCAACCAGUAGGGGCACAACUUUACAGAAAACAUUCAGAUAGAAAUGCAUGCUGUAGAAAAGACAUGACUGUCUGACAUAGUCAGCUCUAUUCAUGACAUUUGUGUCUGUAACAUUCUGAACGUGUCACCUCACUGAAUGUGAAUACAUCCCUGGUUAGAAAAUGCAUACAUACACACACAUACCUACAUACAUGACACGGUGGCUUGGCGAGGUAUAGUCAACAACGUUUACAUUAUAGGGCAUGGAACUGUUUCUUUUAUCUUUUAAUUGAGUUAUAAAAUAAUAAAAAGAGGAACCAAAAAUA